AUGCCACUCAAACGAAAGUCAGCUCGUGCGUCGACGAUGGCUGAUUCGGGUGCCGCGACUCCUUCAAAGCGUGUUCGCAACUCUUUAUCCAAUGCAUCGGGUGAAGUAGUUUCAGAGGCUACCCCCAAGGCGGGCGACAAGAGAAAGCGCGGUCGUCCUCGCAAGAAUCCUGAGGGUACCCUCACCAAGCCUUCUACUGAUGGGCCUAAGCGCGGACGUGGACGUCCACGCAAGAUUCUAUCUGCCGCUGAAACUGCUGCUGCCGCCAAGAAGGCAGCAACAGCUGAUAAUACUCCUAAGAAGGGGCGUGGACGUCCUCGUAAGGAGCCAGGCACUGCGACCCCCAAAGUAACACCGACAGGCCCUAAGAAGAAGGAUGGUCGAGGAAGACCUCGCAAAAGCUUGCCUGCCAACGGCGCAGAUACCAAAAAGGAGGCCGCGGUCUCUUCUUACAUCCCGCCUAAUGAUGACUCCGGUCGUUCUUACUGGCUGAUGAAGGCUGAGCCUGAAUCGCGUCUUGAGAAGGGUGUGGAUGUCAAGUUCUCCAUUGACGACUUGGCUAGUGCAGAAAAGCCUGAGGCUUGGGAUGGAGUCCGUAAUCAUGUUGCGAGGAAUCUUAUGUGCGAAAUGAAGAAAGGAGAUUAUGCCUUCUUCUAUCACUCCAACUGCAAGACACCUGGAGUUGUCGGAGUUAUGGAGAUUGUGCAGGAGCACUCAACUGAUGAGUCCGCAUUCGACCCCAACCAUCCUUACCAUGACCCCAAGGCGUCCCGUGAGAACCCCAAGUGGGUUGUUGUACAUGUUGAAUUCCGCCGCAAACUCAAGAAUCAAGUCACACUCCAUGACUUGAAGGCCCAUUCCGAAGCUGGCAUGCCACUGGAGGACCUACAGACCCUCAAGCAAGCCCGGCUUAGUAUCUCCUCGGUUACCUCCGCACAGUGGCAUUACAUCCUACAGUUAGCAGGUGAUAAUUCAGAGGAAUCCACAAAGACGGAGUCUAAGGUUGAAGAAGACGAGGAUAUGGACGCGGAGAAUGAGGAGGACACCGAAAUCCCACAGUAA